AGCGCUGCGCAGUGCUUUAUUGCGUUUGUCAUUUAGGGCUAGAAUCGUAAGGGAAGUGCGCAGUUAAAGGACAAAGUUCUGUUUUUGUGUGAUUUUCUGUUAUUCGUGAUUACGCUGGCGAGAUACCAGAUUUUAAUUUGUUAAUGUUCAAGGGAUCAUGAAGGUUUUCGCAGUUGUUGUUGCUUUCCUCGUUGCCGUUGCUACGGCACACGAGUCCUGCUAUUCGCAAGUCGAUCAGGCCUGUUCCAAGAUUAAUAGCAAACCUGGUUUGGACCAAGAGCUUAUACCAUGCAAUGCCACUUACGGGCACAUAAACAUCGUAACAAAGGACCUCAUCAACUUCGCCAAUACCCACAUUGUGCGCUCAUUUGAGUAUCUUUUGAUGGCGACCCAUUAUGGGAAUUAUCAAAUGAACCGAGCCGGUUUCGAGAAACUCUUCCGUGGUUUGUCCGAUGAGAAGUGGCACGAAGCCAUCGAAUUGAUCGAACAAAUAACCACUCGUGGUGGAGUAAUGGAGUUCGUGCCACCGAAAGCAUUGAACGGAGUAGAGAAAACCAACAAUGUUUACCAGUUGUAUGAAAUCCAAAGUGUCGCCAAGGCUUUAGAUAUGGAAAAGAAACUAGCACUUGAAGCUUUUAACAUCCACAAAGAGGCGAGUGGACGAAGUGAGGGCAAACACGAUCCUGAAAUUUCCUCGUACAUCGAAAAGGAAUUCGUGCAUGAUCAUGCCAAGACCAUCCGGAAACUAGCAGGAUAUGUAACCGACUUGAAGUCGAUUCUUAGUGGACCUGAUGGGUCUUUGGGGCUGUUCCUGUUCGAUGAAUAUCUCCAAAAGCAGUAAUUUCCGUUCGAUUUUGUGUAGAAAACAAGUUAAUUCUUAUUAAUUAUGUGUUUAUUUAGACCCAAUCAUUGUGAUAGGAAUCAACAUUUUUUAUUGUAAACUGUGUUACUUAUGAAUAAAUAUUACUAUUUCCAAAUA